AUGACUUCCUUUGCCAGCCUUUUUCCCCCCAACACCAUCAUCAAAGAUUUUGCAUAUUCGUCAUCGCACCCGCUACGGCUGGGCAACUUUGAAGUGUACGAAAACAACUCCGACGACGAGUAUGACGACGACUACAGCUACCACGACGACGACCAGUCGCCGGACGAGAUCAAUCGCCGGGCGGUGGCGCUUUUUGACUUCACACCGGAAAACGAUAACGAGGUCAAGUUGGUGGAGGGUCAGGUGAUCUGGAUAUCCUACCGCCACGGUCAAGGCUGGUUAGUAGCCGAGGACCCAGCCACCGGUGAAAACGGUCUUGUUCCCGAGGAGUACGUGGAGGUUUUUGACGACGAUGAUCUCGAGGCUGACGGAGACGGAAUUACAAGUACAAACAGCACAAACAGCACAAAUAUCGAUGUUGAUCCCAAUGAUUCCAGGUCAAUUGUCGGCUCAAACGUAAACUCUAACCGGCCCGACGACGAUGCCCCCAAGCCGUUUUUACCGGGAAUUCUUCGCCAUAACCAAGAAAGCGACAGCGACUGGGUGGACACCGAAUAUGAAGAUGAUGAAGAAGAUUUGGUAAAACAAUUGCACAAAGCGAAGCUAGACGGGAGCGAGACAGAUGAUAGGUGA